CCUAAAAAACUUCCGCCUUAACUUGUAAAGAAAACAUAGCAGCUAAAAGGCAAUCGACGGCGUAACCAACCGAUUUAAGAAGUCGGACCGCAGACUCUUGUCACUCUGGAGUGUGUGUGGUUUUCAGAGUGUGUGUGAGCUCCACCGUUAACCAAGAGCAGCUCCUCCUCUGGAGGAUGACAAUGGAGGAGAUGAAGAAUGAAGCGGAGACAAACUCCAUGGUAUCCAUGACGCUGUACGCCGUGAUGUACCCCGUUUUCAAUGAGUUGGAGAGGAUCAACCUAUCAGCAGCUCAGACGCUCCGAGCGGCUUUCAUCAAGGCGGAGAGGGAGAACCCCGGCCUGACUCAGGACAUCAUCAUGAAGAUCUUGGAGAAGAAGAACGUCCAGAUCAACUUCACAGAAUCCCUGCUGCGCAUGGCGGCCGACGACGUGGAAGAGUUCAUGAUCGACCGGCCGGAGCAGGAGUUCCUGGACCUCAACGACAAAGCCAGAGCUCUGAAACACAUACUCAGCAAAAUCCCUGAUGAGAUCAACGAUAGAGUACGAUUUCUCCAGACUAUCAAAGACAUAGCCAGCGCCAUCAAAGAGCUGCUGGACACGGUCAACAACGUCAUCAAGAAAUAUCAGUACCAGAAUCGCAGAGCUCUGGAGCACCAGAAAAAGGAGUUUGUGAAAUACUCCAAAAGCUUCAGCGACACCCUCAAAACAUACUUCAAAGACGGAAAGGCAAUAAACGUCUUCAUCAGCGCGAACCGGCUCAUCCACCAAACCAACCUCAUACUGCAGACCUUCAAACCCGUGGCCUAGCCCCUUCCCCGGAGACCACAGAUAGCCCCCCCCCCUUUCUCCUGUGGGUGGAGCAGCUACCGCUAUAGGAUGGCGGUAGCUCGAAGAGCGCCUGACCCCAUAUAUGUAAAUUUAGAAAGAGUUGAUUUUAGGGUUUGGGGGGGGCGGUUCCAAUUUGGGGUCGAGAUUCUAGAUUCCAGUUCGAGAGACUGGAAAGUGCCAUUUUGUUUUGUUGGUGAGGAUUUUCCAGUCUUGAAAAAAAAAGUGGAACUGAACGGCCCCGAAGUCUCGGUUGAUUUGAUUCAUUUGAUUUGGACAAGUUUGUAAUUUAUAACCCUGGUUUUUGUUUGGGGGGAGGGGGGUAGGUAGGUGAGGCGAUGCGAUGCGAGGCGUUUAUUAAAGACUAAUUGCCAUUUUUUUUCUAAUAUAUACAUGUUGAUCAUUUUUACUUUUUAGCUUUUUUUCUCAAUUCACGGCCGCACACCUCAGCUAGGGGUGGGGGGGGGGUGCGUCCCAGUUGCCUGUACUGGUUUUCCUCUUCGGCUCCCAUUUGUGUCAUUUUGCCACGGUCUGUGUGCGGAGAGGAUGACGCGACGGCGUUGGCGGCGGCGGCGUUGGACAUUGUCGAGAAGCAGACUCCCGAUUUUCUGUUUCUCUUUUUAUUAUCAGGAGACAGAAAGCCAAAUGACUUCCAGAGAGCACAGUGUGCGCCUUUUACAGAGUCCCGUAACAUUCCCUCCUCUCAGCGUAGUGAAGCGGAGCUCCCCCCCCCCCCCCCCCGGCAAAUAGGGGGGGUGUAGAGAGAGAGAAAAACGAAAGUUCUGUAUUUAACUGAUAUCUGGUUGCAAAUGUUCAAUAAAUAGUUUCCAAAUGAUGCUUUUUUAAAA